AUGGGUAUAUCACGUGAUAAUUGGCAUAAACGGCGCGCAACUGGCGGAAAAAGAUGUCCACCACACAAAAAGAGGAAGUUUGAGCUCGGGCGUCCAGCGUCAAAUACAAAGAUUGGUCCAAAAAGAAUCCAUCUUGUUCGAUGCCGCGGUGGAAAUAUCAAACAUCGUGCACUGAGACUUGAUGCUGGCACAUUUUCGUGGGGAUCAGAAGGUUGCACGCGUAAAACACGUAUCGUAGACACCGUAUAUAAUGCAUCCAAUAAUGAAUUAGUGCGUACUAAAACGCUAGUGAAAAAUUCGAUAAUUACUGUUGAUGCCGUCCCAUUUCGUCAAUGGUACGAAGCACACUAUGCCGUUCCGUUAGCACGUAAAAAAGGUGCGAAGAUGACGGAUGAGGAAGCACGGAUCAACAAGAAGCGUUCAAAGAAGGUGCAAGCAAAAUACACAGAGCGACAGAAGUUUGCUGAAGUUGAACCACAUCUUAUUGAACAAUUCCAAAGCGGUCGGUUGUUAGCUUGUAUCAGCUCUCGUCCAGGUCAGGUUGGUCGAGCUGAUGGCUAUAUAUUAGAAGGUAAAGAGCUUGAAUUCUACUUGCGUAAAAUUCGAGCCAAGAAAGCAAAGUAA